AUGUCUCUUUACGACUUCUUCACCCCGGUCAGCCAAUUAUACGAUGAAGAGCCGGAAUAUUUGAGGCCACAAUAUUCCGCGUCACCGAAUUCAGCAACGAAUGCGAGUUCGACCGAAAAUCAAGAAUUUCGAGAGAGAAUUGGAGCUGAAAACAUUGUUGGUUUCUUGGAUGAGGCGACGAUGCGACAAUAUAAGGAGACAACCCGAUAUGAAGUCUUGGAACAAACCGGCACUGCGCAUAAUCCAAUUUUUACAAUCAGAUGCGGCGCCGUAGGAUACCGAGAAGAAGGAGUUGGACCAAAUAAACGUGUCGCGAAAAUCAAAGCGGUUCGAGAAGUGUUGAAGAAAAUCGUUGAAAAUGAUGACCACGAGAAGUUUUUGAUUCCCGGAGAAACGAAAGAAGAACGAAUGGACUUUAUCGAAAAUUUGACGGACAAAUCUCUGGUAAUGUCAAGCGCUCAAAUAACAAUCAAUGAAAACUACGUGGGAGCUCUACAAGAAUUAUGCAUGAAAAACAAAGUCAACGUGCCCGUCUACGAUUUUGAAGAAUUUGAUGCGGACAAGGAGAAAAUUUUCAAAGUUACGUGCAAGAUCAAAGGUUUCGAUUAUUGCGCACAAGACCGAACAAAAAAGAAGGCCAAAAAUGAGGCGGCCAGACAAAUGUUGGAAACUCUAAAAGAGACUAUCAAAGAAAUGGAAAACGAUUUGCAUAUCGACGGUAGCGAUGACCAGGAAAACGGAGAACCAUUGGAGGAUCAACAAGCAAAAGAUGAAUCAGCGUGCGAAAACUUGGAGCAAUUGUUAGAGGAGCUCAAAGCAUCAUGGAUUGUAUCUCACGAGUAUAAAAACCCGAAUGCUACUUCAUCGAAAGAUUCCAAAACAGUUCUUCUCAAAAUUUCGAUCAAGAAGAAUGAGCGAGAGAUGGGAAGAAGUUUUGCUUUCAGUGGUUUUGGCGAAACUGAGGAACGAGCCAAGAUGAUGGCUGCCGGCCGAGCUUAUGACCAUAUGACAAAGUACCUUAAAGAAGAAAGCAAGGAA